AUGACACGGUGGUACGUUCUAAGAGGGUUGACCCUCUGGGAUCAUGAGAAGCUGAAGGAGUACAUGACAGAGAGGCCGCAGCCCAACAGUGAGUUUGAGAUCGUGGCGUCUGAAUCCAUCUCAGACAAGUCCUCGUCUCUGGGAGUGGACGCUGCUCUGAAGGCCAGUUUCUUAAGUGGACUUAUCAAGGUCAACGGCUCGGCCAAAUAUCUGGAGGACACGCAAACAUCCAAACAGCAGGCGCGAGUCACUCUGAAGUACAAAACCACCACACGCUUCAGAGAGCUGACCAUGAACCAGCUGGGCAGAGGAAACAUCAAGCAUCCAUUCGUCUUUGAGAAAGGUCUGGCCACACAUGUGGUCACUGACAUUCUGUACGGAGCCCAGGCCUUCUUUGUGUUUGACAGAGAACUGUCAGAUUCUGAAAACAUCCAAGACAUUCAAGGAAACCUCAAGAUCUUGAUAAAGAAGAUCCCCUGCAUCUCGAUCAAGGGAGGAGGAGCUCUCAAAAUGGAGGACAAGGACAGAGAAAACAUCAACAAGUUUUCCUGCAAAUUCCAUGGAGAUUUCAAUCUGCCCCAGAGCCCAAUGACGUUUGAAGAUGCAGUGAAAGUUUACAAGGACCUGCCCAAACUUCUGGGUCCAGAUGGAGAAAACGCUGUGCCGGUGACUGUGUGGCUGCUACCGCUCACCGAACUUGACUCCUCUGCGGCUCAGCUGGUGAGGCAGAUCAGUGUGGGGCUGGUGUUUGAGGUAGAGAAGACCCUGGAGCAUCUGGCCGACCUGGACAUGAAGUGUCAUGAUAAUUUGAAGAGCGCAGCGCUACAGCAGUUUCCUCAGAUAUCAACAAAGAUCAGAACCUUCAUGAGUUUGUGUUCACAGUUUAACCUGGGACUCCAGGGUGUUCUGGCUCAGAAACUCCCAGCAAUCCGUGGAGGAGGAGAGAACGAAGCUGAACUCACUGAGAUUCUGAAGAAAAGAGCUGCUUCUCCAUUCAGCUAUGACUGUCUGAACCAGUGGGUCACCAGCAAAGUCAGAGAGAUCCACCUCAUCAAAACAUUCACUAAUAUGAUGAAGCACACAGAAGUCCUCUCCUCUCAGGAGGAGCUGGAUACAACUAACCUCAACAUAAAGUAUGCAGUUUGCUUUGUUUUCACCUCACUGGAAACUGUAGAGGAAUAUCUCUUAGCUUUAGAUCAGUACUUAAAGGGUGUUAGCUUAGACCAGUCCAGCUAUCAGCCCAAAGAUCUGGAGAAGCAGCAGUGGUACAGCAACAAAAACGUUCGAGAGGCCGUCAGGACCAAGGUGAAGCUCUUUGCAGACUUUGCAGAAGCCAACAAAGACAACAAGGACGUGAAGUUUAUGGCAGUGGCUUUUAAAGAUGAAACUCAUAAAGGAUCAACAAUCUACACAUAUGAAGAUGGAUUUGAAGCCAGUGAUGACUUUGUGCCUCCUUCGAAGCCUGAAGUUAAAGUGGAUGUUGUAACACACAACAGUGUGACUCUUCGUGUUAGUGCCCCCACAUGGGGAGCAAAGGCAGUGACAGGCUACAGGCUGGAGUACAGAGAGAAUAAAGUGUCCAGUGCAAACGGAAAGUGGCAGCAGCAGUCAGUGGCAAACACCGGCUUAACCACAGUCACUGAACUGAAGCCAGACACAGAGUACACCUUCAGACUGAGGGCCCUCACUGAGAUGGGACUGGGGCCCAUGAAUGAACUCACUGACAAAACUUAUCCUGCACAAGAGGGCCCCAGACGCCUCGCAGAUGAGGUGAGGAAAACUUGUAAAGUCCCAGAGACUUCACAAGAGGGCCCCAGACGCCUCGCAGAUGAGGUGAGGAAAACUUGUGAAGUCAUAGAGACCAAAGGAUCUCUGCAGAUCCUGAAGGUUCCACUGCAGGAAGAUGAAAUGAACAUCCCUGGCUGUGCACGGUUAAACUUCGGCUCUGAGGUUGCAGGAAAGAAAACCUGCACCAUAAUGAUGAUGGGAGCCACUGGAGCUGGUAAAUCCACCCUCAUCAACGGCAUGAUCAACUACAUCCUGGGCGUGCAGUGGACGGACAGCUACAGGUUCAAACUAGUGGUGGAAGAAGAGAAGUCUCAGAUUCACAGUCAGACACCAAAGGUGACCGUUUACAAAAUCAACUUUGACAAAGGCUUUAUGAUCGACUACUCUCUGAUCAUCAUUGAUACUCCAGGCUUUGGAGACACUCGCGGCAUCCAAAGAGACCAUGAAAUCACUGAGCAGAUCCGGAACCUCUUCUCCAACAGCUUUGGGGUGGAUGUCAUUCACACAGUGUGCUUCGUCGCUCAGUCUGCUCUUGCUCGCCUCAGUGCCACACAGCGUUACGUGUUUGAUUCUAUCCUCUCCAUCUUUGGGAAGAACGUGGCGGAAAACGUAAGGGCCAUGGUGACUUUUGUAGAUGGACAAAUGCCUCCAGUUCUAGGGGCCAUCACAGCUGCAGGAGUUCCAUGCCCCAAAGAAGAUGAUGGAAAACCUGCUCACUAUAAAUUCAACAACUCUGCACUUUUUGUUGAAAACCAGCAAAAAGGUUUGGAUGAGAUAUUCUGGGACAUGGGAAAAGACAGCAUGAAAAAGUUUUUUGAUGCAUUGGAUAAGACUGAACCUCAGAGUUUGACUCUGACUAAAGAGGUUCUGAAAGAAAGAAAACAGCUUGAAGAGACUGUGGAAGAUAUAGAGAGGGAAAUAAGUGAAGGGUUAGCACAGGAAGAUGAGAUUUGGCAAAUCCAAGAACAAAUCAAGAAGCAUGAGGCUGAGAUCGAGAGGAACAAAGAUUUUGAGUUACAUUUUAAAGUACAGAAGCCGUUUUCAAAGAGCAUUAUAGGUUCAGGGAACUUCAUCACCAACUGCUCCAAAUGUCACCAGACCUGUCAUUACCCUUGUAACAUCAGUAAAGACUCAAAAAAAAAGGGCUGUUGGGCAAUGAACCCACAUGGAUACUGCACAAAGUGUCCUGGUAAAUGCAUCUGGAGUGUUCAUUACAACCAGAAGUACAGAUGGGAGUACAAAGAAGUCACUGAGACAACAACUGUACAGGGGUUAAAGGUUAGAUUUCUAAAAGGGAAACAGGAAAAACAAACUACAGAGGAUUUAAUCUUGACCCUGCAGAAGAAAUAUCAACAGUGUGAGGACCACAUGAGCAGAUUGGCUCAGAAAGCCACUGCAGCCAUAAACCGUUUGGGAGAGAUUGCUCUAAGACCCAACCCCCUGUCUACUCCUGACUACAUUGACAUGAUGAUAGAGUCAGAGAAGAAUCGGUCAAAGAGUGAGACCAACGUUGGGGGGCAACGGAGAAUACAGGCUCUGGAGAAGCAGAAGCGCAAGGCAAAAAUCCUCCAAAAAGUCGGCUGUGGAAAACGUCUUCUGUCCCAAAACUUAUUCUGA